AUAGCUAUUGCAAAAGCGUCUUAAUUAGUCUUAAUCUGUAAAAACAUGUAUAUUUUGGAAAGUUUAAAAAAGACUGAUUUAAUAUAUUAUUUAAUAUGACUAAUGGUUUUGUUUUUAAAAUUGAGAGAGACUUUGUAGCAUAUCUCAUAUUAAAUAAUCGAAGUAAUUUUUAAAUCAUUUUUAUAAGCCUCAACUUCGCCAUUAUCGUCAGUUUCCAGAAAUUUUCGAAUUCAACAAACGCACUUUGCUUGAUAGAAUUACAGUACUAAUCGACAAAUUUUUACACAGCAAUAAAGCAAAAUCUUUUUUAUCACGAGAUUGUCAAAUUUCAAUGUUUUUAAAUUUGAACUGCAUGCAACGUUUAGGAACUGGUGAAUAUAAUUUUUCUAUAUAAAAAGUUCUUGCUAACUGUUUAUAGUUAUUAUUUGGUAAAUUUGAUCGAAAAUGCGUAGAAAAAAAGAAAUAUGCAAAAUAUUUGUAGGGAAUUUUAAUAAUUUGCUCAGCGGACAGCAGUAAAAUUGCAAAUUUCCUGCAAUGGCAAAUAAUUAUCCGAAAGCACUAAAUGCAAAAAUAAUAUAAUAUUUAUCCAACCAGACACAAUCUAUCUCUCAAAAUAACGAGGACAGUUGACGUUCUACAAAUAACCAAAUUCUGUUGGUAACCAUGAUAAAGCUGAGCUGGUUCAUGCCGUUCCCACGCCAUAUUAAUCCAACUUCUCGUGAAUCGUUCAUCUUGAUAUUCAACCAACGUGAAGUUGUACGAAUAUAUUUAAAUUUGUAACCAAACUUUUAUCGGGUUAUUUUCUAGUUUUUUCAAUAAACAAUAUUUCUAAAAAACAAAGUUAACCGUUGCCAUACACUAAUAAUGGCCUCACUUGCUUGUCCACUAUGCUGUAGUGAACAGUUUUCGUCCCACCUGGAGUUAAACAACCACAUCCUGGGCAUGAUAGAUAAUAUUGAUAAUCUGUAUUGUCCUUCUUGUAAGGAACCCUGUGAAGAUUUAGUGGAUUUGGCUGAUCAUUUGACAAAAGAGUGUGUAAAUCUGCCCAAAUCAGCAGGGCCUAAAAGUGCCACAGCUGACAUUAAAGUGAAAAUUGAGCCCCCCAAUACAACUAUAUCAGAUAAUGUCAAUGAAAGUACUGACGCAACAUCUACAGAAAACGCCAUCGAACUCAAAAGCAUCCAAGAUGACCCCACUGUGAUUUAUAGUUGUGAUAUGUGUAACAUGACCUUUACUUCAGUAGAAGACCACUUAUCCGAGUACCAUUAUGGCGAAGAAGUUUUGUUGGAAACUGAAGAAGUAGAAGAUCAACUUGCUGAAAUCGGAGCUGAUGAGUCUGAUGUUUUCCCUGGUGAGAAUUUUGAUGCUUCAGUUGAGGAUAAUGCUUCAGUUGAGGAUAAUGCUUCAGUCAUGGACAUGUAUACUGAGCAGCAAAUCAGGUCUGCAUCGGAAAACCAUUUAGAUGACGAGGAAGGAAGAGAAGAUUUGUUAGAAAUCGGUGAUACGAGCGUCAAUGAAAACAUUGAACCCAGAACAACCAAAUAUUUAAUCGAAGACGGUAAAAUAAGCACUAUUAGUGAUGAAGACGCAGCUUUACACGAUCAGGAGAAAAUUUUUCAUAUCUACAACUGUUCGAACUGCAAGUUAAAAUUCCCAUACAUAUCCCAUUUUAAUCGGCAUAAAUGUGCGCUUAAAAAAAAAGCGGUAAAAGUGGAAAAACGGGGUGAAAUACUCAAGAUUAAAGAAGGAUUACGUUAUCAAUGUACUUUUUGCCAGACUGCAUAUUCUUGUCUAAUAUCUUUAAACGACCACAUGAAGUCGCAUUUAAUUGAAGAUCAAUCAGGCAUGGUACAAAAGAAGGCGGUUACCAUGACUCUUCAUCAGUGCAACAUUUGCAAUACCAAGUUUCCAACUUUUAAACAGUUGCGACUUCACCUGAGGAUGCACGAUCCUGUCAAGACAAAGAAAGUUGAGCCACCUGUUUCUUACAACAUGAUGGGGCAAACUGACGACAAUAAUCAAAAUUCUGAAAAACGAGAUAAGUUUGAAUGCCCUAUUUGUGGAAAGGAAUAUGAUAAGGGAUAUGAAGAAGUGCACAUGAAAUCUCAUGAAAAGAACCAGUUUACUUGCGUAAUAUGCAACAGGAAGUUUGAACUUCAAGAAAAUCUAACGCUACAUAUAAAAGCACACUCCAAUAAUAAAAAGUUUAUUUGCUCAUAUUGCAAGAAACCUUUUCAAACUUAUGAGGCGCUUGAACAGCAUGUUAAUAAGAAAUGCCAACGAAGAGACUUUGAGUGUCAGUAUUGUGGAAGAAGAUUCAGCAGACCACAUGAGAAAGUUAAACAUGAAAGAAUACACACAGGAGAGAAACCUCAUAUUUGUGAAAUUUGCGGAAAAUCAUUUAGAAUCGGAUAUUGCCUUACGUUGCAUAUGCGUACUCACACAGGUAAUAGGCCUUAUACAUGUGAUCACUGUGGAAAAAGAUUUAAAUCAUGCAGCGUUUUUAAUCACCAUUUGAAAACGCAUUCCGAGGAUAGAAAUUACAAAUGUCCAUAUUGCCCGAAAGCGUUUAAGACUGCUGUUCAGAUAGCGGGGCAUAAAAACAGUCACACCAAACCUUUUGCAUGCACCGAGUGCAACCGGCCAUUUGCCUCGCUCUAUGCUGUAAGAGCUCAUAUGGAUACCCAUUCCCGAAAGAACAACCUCAAACACGAAUGUUGGGUUUGUGGCGCCAGUUAUGCCCGAUCUUUUGCUCUUCGAGACCAUAUUAAUGAAGUGCACGCAGACGAGGAAGCUGCUAGAAAUAAUGACGAGCAAGACGUUAUGGAGACGGAAGUUCAGCUAAGUGUUGACAACCAAAGUGCUUCGGAGGAGGUGGGCGAAGAAAAUCAGUUUCAACAAAUACCAGCAGAAUCUGAGGAAACUUCCCAAGAUCAAGAAAUGGGCGAAGAGGACGAGAAUGACGUGUAUGAAGUUCAGCUGCAAGAUGGCGACCCGGUCCAGGAAACUGAUAUGCAGUAGGUUAAAUCUUGGUAGAUUGUAUGUAGUUUCGUAAGCAUUUCAAUGCAUACAUAAAAUUGUUUCAGUUAUUUGUAAGACUAAAUUAAGUUUAACAGUAAGCCCUAGAGAACAGUCUAUACAUAUGUAAUCGGAAACAAAUUUUGAAUUGUUUGACUACAAUCAAUUAGUCUGACAAAUUUCAACUAGUCCCAGUUCUGUUUUUUUAAAUUUUAUAUCUUGUUAUACUCUCCACAUACGUUUCUACGAUUAACCAAUUUCAUUUAUUUUUAUUACCAAUCAAGUUGUUCCAGUUAUUACCACCGAACCCUUGUAAUAUUGAUAAAAGUUUUACUUUGACGCUGACUAAUUGGUAAUGUAUAAAGUUUUAAAUGCGCAACAAUUUUUUUAUAAUGAACACAUUAAAAUGCAGUAGACUGCUUAUUGCCGAGUGUCUUUAGAAUAGUUUGUUAUUUUCGUAACUGAUUUAGUCUAAGUGACCACUUGACCAUCAUGUUCAGACAUUGUAUGCAGCCGUAGAUAAAUAAAUUACUUUACUUGCGUCUAUAGUAUAAAAAAAUGUAAAUAUACAGUUUUGAGCCAAA